UCAAUUCAACACUUUAUCCAAAAGUGUCACAUUGUGCAAGGGUGGGGGGGGGAAGCGUGAGCCAUUCGUAGGCGUCUGUUGCUUCCCGAUGUUAACUCCAAUAUAGCUGUACGUUGCAAACAAACCGGAGCCGUUUUAAGAGCCUGGAAAAGGAGUUUUAUUGGAGCGUUACCCCAAAAAAGGCGCUUCUUUGGAGGAGUUUUUCUUGGUACAAGAGUGGCAGCCAGCCGGACCGACGAUCCGAGUGUUUCCUGGCUUUGAUGCGACCCGAGUGUGCCUGGAGCAUGUCCACAGUGGGCCUGACUGCCCAGGAGACAUCUUUUCCCGUAGAACACCCCUUCCUGCGGGGCAGCUACUAUCACAGCAUGGCUGGAUCAAAAGCAUCGUGGAGCUUUACCCACGACAUAGACAACUUCUACUUCACUAUGAAAUCUGCACACCCAGAUCACAGCUCUCAUGGCCAGCACAAGAGUCCGCCAUUGCUAAGCUAUGAAAGACAUAAUUACAAUUCCAGCACUCUGAAAUUACCUCCCAAGAAGUCGCGGCCUUCCCAUCUCUCCCUGUCCUGCAGUGCCGAACCAUCCUCGCCGAGUCCAACCAAUGACGACCAGGUGGUCCCCUCAUUCCAGCGGCUCUCCAUGUACGAGUGCAGCAGUCCGCCGCAGACUCCGGACAGGUGCUCUAAGCCUCUGCCGCCCAUCCCGCUGCAUAUCGACAGCUCAUCGGAGCUGGCCAUGGACAACGAGGUGGAGUUCUUCACCAGCACGGACGAGAGCUGCUGUUUGGUGUCUCAUCAGUGUUCCAAACCCUCUUCCUUUCGGACUGGACUUCCCAGUCGGAGAAGCCUCAGGGACUGCGGACAGAUUAACCACGCGUACUACGACGGGCCUUUAGGACCGCAAAGCCCGAGGCAACCUCAAACUCAGCAGCUUCCCGCGCAUCCCCCGCAGCAAAAGGAUGUGCAGGAGCUUCGGCGCCAGGAAUUACCGGCGAGCUGCCAACGGCAGCGGGACAAAACUCAAAGGAGACUACAUCGUUCUCUCUCACUCAAUCAUUCACCUGCUGGAUCCUUAAACAAGCCUUGCCUACUGCGCCUCAAUCACUCCACCUUCAACACGGAUCACAGAACAGACGUUCCGCCGCCGAUCCCACCACGGACAAGCAAAACAGCAGAUCCCACACAUUGUCAAAGAGACACCCGCCGCUGGUCAGCAGAGGUCUCGUACAGUGACAAGGACAAACCACCAAAGCUGCCCCCAAGGGACCCCUUGUCCUUGGGCAGCUCCCGCACCCCGAGCCCCCGGAGCCUCCCAACAUACACCAACAACGUGAUGCCCACCACCCAAAGCUUUGCACCCAACCCCAAGUACGUCAGUCGGAGUUUACGGAGACAAAACAGCGAGGGCUCACCUUGCAUCCUGCCUAUUGUGGACAAGGAGGGGAAAAAGGCCAGCAGCACUCAUUACUACCUUCUGCCUCACCGGCCGACCUUCGUGGAUUCCAGGUCCGUGGAAGAAUUCCUGCAGUCCUUCGACAGCCCGGACUCGGACUGCGACUGCCACACCCGGCGGAAAGCACCCGUGGAUCUAGUUUGAGGAUCCUCGUCGUGCUCCAAACUGCUGCUUUUAGUUUAGAACCCGCCAGGUAUUUAAGGACACAGGGUACUCGCGCACUGUAUCCAGUUACUGCUAACGCGACUCAUCACGGGUUGCAUUCAACCACGUUGAAAGAUUUUACAGUCCGAAAGGUGCAAGCGGGCCUUGAACCACCUCACUUUCAGUGUUUUGUGUCUGGAUGGUUGACUGUGAUGUGUUGGGGCUUUAAAAAAAUGUAAACGCUGCUUUUUAUCUCAACUGGGACAAAAGGUCAGUAAUGACACUUGCUAGGGAUGGGCAUACUAGUCAAUAGGGUAAAUGAAUUAGGUCUUGAAGCGUGAGGCAAAAAAGGAGUGCACUAAAUUGCAGCAAACAGCAGAGACUUUGUUGAUCCGGUCUCACUUGGUUUUGCUGAAGUUGAGCACAAGCUACUCCGGGUGUUCUCAAAACCUUUGUAACCACUGCAAGCAUCAUCGGAAUGACGAACAUUGAAUGCAGUAGCGUAGAAGGUGUUCGUCAUGUCUAAAAAAAAUCUUUGACUGUAAGUCACCAUAACAUAAUGCACAGUUUUAACGUUAACUUUGCGUUUAAAUACUAAGGAGAAGAAAACUAUUUUAAAAUGUUUGACACAUAUAUAAACAUUGUACCUAAAGGUUCUCAACAGUGGAAAAAAAUGGCAAAUGAAUUGCUCCUAAAAGUUAAAUACUAUACAACUGAACUGUACUUAACAAAUGUUUUGUACUAAAAGUUUAAGCCACUGUAACUUUAUGCACUGUUUGAACAUCAGUAAUUCAUUUGGAUACCACUAGGGGGAGCCUGCAAAAUCACUGAUGAGAUGAGAUAAGACACUAGCUAGCAUGGAAAGGGAGUUCAGAACGUUUGCCACUACAUUUUCGCCCAUAGUCGCCCAAGAAAACUCAGCCCAUCCCUAAUAUCAGUUAUUUUAGGGUCAAAUGAAGGAUUUUAGCACUCGAGUAUCUACUGUAUGUGAGCGUAUGAUUAUUAUUGUUUUUGUUCAUGUCUUUGUUGUUUUCCCCCAACUUGUUCGUAGCUUAGCAUGAAAGUCAAGUGCAGCUUCUGUAGCCUCAUAAACAGACGUAUUAGAUCUGUAACACAACUCAGCAUGGUUCGUCUCACACUUUGUUUUUUCCCUCAAAUGUAUUUUGUCAUAAUCGUAUGUGACAUUUCAUGUUGAAAAUGGUUCUCGGACGUGAGCUACAGGCGUUAAAACUUCGCACCACCCUGUUCCGCCAUGCUGGCGUACACCAUUUACAGUGGCUAUAAAAAUUCUACACACCCCUGUCCAAAUGCUAGGUUUAUGUAAUGUAAAAAAAAAAAAGAGAGGGAUGAAUCAUAUCAAAUUGAACGUUUCCAUGCUAACGCUGACUGCUAUUAUAACUCCCUCCACCUUGACUAAGGCCCAGUUCUAAGAAAUGAUUUAUCUUCGUUUCUUUAAAAAUGAAAUAUGAAUGGGGGUGUUUAGAUUUUUUAUAUCAACUGCACAUUGGCUCCUUUAUGAUUCUGAUACUACCUCCAAAAGGCAAAAAAUUGUCCUAGGUGACUCCAUCCACCCAUUCCAUGGACAGAAAAAUCCCAGCACGAAAAGCCAGUGUCUGUCGUCCCUUGAGUGUUGUUUGCGUGGAUGUUUUUUCCGUGACCGUACUUGUUACUGCAUUUAAUUGUUUUUAUUUUUGGCAUUUGGAGGUUGCACAGAGAGCAUCAGCCUAAAGCUGGACAUACACUGUAAAAUAAAGACACAUGCAACAAAGAUUAAAGAAGCUCAUCGCUGUGUUCUUAGCAUCUUUAGCAUUAGCAUUCCUAGCCCACUUAUGGCGCAAAAUGCCUUUUCUCGAUUGUUUUGACAGUUGGCAACUGUUUAAAAGCACUCUACUGACCCCCACAGGCGUUAAAUGAACCCUUCAAUCGCUUGUUUUGAUGUUCUCUCAUUGGCAAUUAAGUGUGAAAGUUAAACUAACGCUUUGUACAGUGUAUGCCCAGCUUUAGUGAAUGUAUUCUUAAUGAAAUUCUUUUUUUUUUAAAUAUAUUUAAUGGUCAAGCUGUGAGUCAUUGUUUGGAACACAUUUGCUACCUCCCUCGAUACGAAUCCUCCAUUUCACAUUGUCUGUUAUUUUGGGGGGUUGAGCUUUUUUCAAAGGAGUAUUAGGGCCACGCGGAAAAGAAAAUAGGACAUGAAAAGUAGUAAAGCAUUAAUGUUCCAAAUAAAUUCACAUUUAGUUCAAAUGAAGUUUAAUACAGUGAGAAUAAAGUAUAUUUUUUCAGAAAGUUUUUCCAGAUUUGUUGGGAACAAAUAUCAAAAUAAAAAAAGCCAAAUUCUUAAAAUAUGAUUUUAAUUUCAUUUUUGUAUGAUUACGUUUUAUCCAUAAAAAAACACGAGAAAUGGAGCUCAUAUUUUUUACUACCCCCAAAAAGGACUACCUUUUCGCAAAUGUGUUUGUGACUCUCUUUCUCGCCCCCCUCACAAAUCCCAACCGUAAUCUCAAAAUUCAGUAAUACAAUUUUUUUCCCCUCAGAUUAUUACGUUUUUUUCCCCAAAGAAGGACUUUUUUUUUCAAAUCAUAUUUUACUGUCAUGACUAUUUUUUCCUCCAUUCUAUUGUCACCCUAAUACUCCUUGGUAAACCAAAACGACAGAUGUAUGGGGUUCAUUGUGUGCAUGAGAGUGAAGUGAGGAGGAUCUCUAAAAAUGGAGAUGUCUUAAAUGCAAGAGGACAAGUGUUCAGGGUUUACCUUCAGCAUGUGGACACAGUCUUUCCUGUUCUGCUCAUGCAUUCCUGCCUGACAUGAUUGCAGUGGGUGUGGCCUGAGAGACUUUGGCUGCUGGCAGCCGACGGAGAGAAAAAAAUAGAGAAAUACAAUAUAUAUACAAUAUAGACUUCAUGAACUUUUUUUUUUUUUAUUGUUCUUCCAUUACCCAAUGGACACUUGAGGAUGAUAUUGUAAAUGUAGCACACGUAUCAAAGAACCCAGAGUUCACUUUGGGGGAAAAUUGCUAACUAAGGUCAACCGGUUAUUGAAGUACAUAUACGUUUAUAUAUAUAUAUAUCUUUUUUUUAUUUCUGCUCACAAACAAUGUUGCUUGGACUUCAAAAGUUACCCCCAGAAAUGAAAAGAAAUGUUUACAUCAUACACUGGUACUAUUUAAUCUUGAAAGGUAUUCAAAUGUCUUAUUAGGAAAAAAAUGAAGAAAAAAAAACAACAACUGAAGACUAAAUAACUUCUCUGCUGUGGUGAGGAAGUGCACUGGGAGAGUUCAGUAUGCUGUGUACAGUAUUUAACGAUUCCAUUUGUUUAUUAUACAUAGUUGUUUUUUCAAAGGAAAGUAAAAUAAACCUAUUUAUAUGAA